AUGUCGCCUUCGAUCGGAUCGGGCCAGCAUGGCGCACACCAUCUCAAGACAUGGACAUCACCAGGAUCAAGCUCGCCUUGGCUUCGGACCGAGCUGGUCGCGCGUAUACCGAAAGCCCGGGUCCUGUUGUACAACCACGGACAACUGCAGGAGAAUACCACAAUUCUUCCACUAGGUCAGCGCCUACUCAACGCCCUUCUCGACGAGCGGAAACAUGAACGUAGCCGGCGGCCUCUCUUCUUCAUAUGCCAUAGUACAGGCGGCCUCGUUGCAAAAGUCUGUUUAGCUCUCGCUUCGCGGGCCGAGCCGACACAGGCUAUCCUGACCAGUUACUAUGGCAUCGCUUUUUUCGCAACGCCCCAUCAGGGGUCGAGUUAUUUAUCAGCUGAUGAGUAUGCAUCAAGCAUCUAUCAUUUACUUCAUCUUGAACAGGAUAUUCCCGUUUCUCUGAGGGAGCAGUUCCGCCCUCGACAGGAGCGACUAUGGCAUCUCUCUAAUCAACUCAAGGCGUUGUCGGCAGACUUGAAGGUCUGGUCUUUCCUGGAGACGGUUGACUCGACUAUGACUGCGGUAGACCCAGAUACUGGAAGACUUAUAGAGAUCCUUGCGCCUAUCAGUUCCAUCCGUUCCGGGAUACUAGGAGGAAUGGGAAAUGAGAAUCAAAUCGCGAUGGCCACAGACCAUGUCGGGACCGCAAGCUUUCAUGGCCAAGAGUUGGCCCUGGAUAGUUUUCUGACCGAACUAGCAGACGCUGCGAGGGAGGCUGUUGAACUCUCCAGUCUCUCAGACACGCCGUUGGAUUUGGAACGGAAAGUUAUGGUGCAAGUUCACGGGUUCUUUGAAGAUCCUGCCUUCGGCAUUAGCGACGAUACACCACUAAAGUUAUGGACGGCCAGUGUCUCUUUAGAAGAGUAUCUCAAUCGUGGCCCAGCGGCGUGUCUUCGAGAUCAGUUAAACCGUGACCAACCUACUGGACCGGAUGAUUCCUCCAUGAGCCGCGUCAGCAACCCCCAGCAUCAAUUGUCGCAUAUCAUUCCUGGGCCAAAAGAACACGGGGAUGACUAUCAUGAGUCUCAGCGUAAAAACGAGUCUGGACCUUAA